GCUGUACGACAUGUUCCAGCAAAUCCUCGGCAUCAAGAAAUUCGAGCAUCAGCUUCUGUUCAGCGCUCUCCUGCUGGAUUCGGCCGACGAACAGGCUGCCGCCAUUCGACGAGAGCUGGACGGUCGGCUUCAAAAGGUCAACGAAAUGGAAAAGAAUCGCAAACUGAUGCCCAAGUUGCUCCUAAAAGAGAUGGAGUCGCUUUACAUCGAGGAGCUGAAAUCGUCGAUUAAUCUGCUGAUGGCUAAUCUGGAGUCACUGCCGGUGUCGAAGGGUUCGAUCGACGGGAAAUACGGCUUACAGAAGUUGAAGCGUUACAAUAACCGCCGCGAGCGUUCCCGCUGCCGCGGCCAGGGCUCGCUCUCGAAAUUGGAGAGCGAUUCCGCCGACACUGAACUUCAACUGACCAAAAUGGACGUAGGGCUGUCCUUCCAACUGGCUGUGGUCGUGAUCGAAGUCAGAGGCCUCAAGAGUUUGCCGGCUAAUAAAAUAGUUUAUUGCACGAUGGAAGUCGAGGGCAGCAAGAAACUGCAAACGGACAUGGCGGAGGCAUCGAAGCCGAUGUGGGACACCCAGGGUGAUUUUACAACCACGUAUCCGCUACCAGUGGUCAAGGUUCGACUGUACACCGAAAAUUCAGCAAUGUUGGCGCUAGAGGACAAGGAAUUGGGCAAGGUGAUCAUACGGCCUACGCCGUUUGCCUCGAAACAACCGGAAUGGUAUCGAAUGGUGGUCCCGAAGAAUUGUCCUGACCAAGAUCUUCGAAUAAGGAUCAGUUGCCGGAUGGAUAAACCGUUCAACAUGAAACACUGCGGUUACCUUUACGCGAUAGGCAAGUCCGUCUGGAAAAAGUGGAAGAAACGUUAUCACGUGUUGGUUCAGGUCUCGCAGUACACGUUCGCGAUGUGCUCGUACAAAGAGAAAAGAAGCGACCCUUCGGAAAUGAUGCAACUCGACGGUUACACGGUCGAUUACACCACACCGGUUUCCGCCAAUAUCAUGUUUGGCGCCAACUUGGACGGCGGGAGGUACUAUUUCAACGCUGUUCGGGACGGCGAUACUAUAGUGUUCGCCUCGGACGACGAGAACGAGUGUCAAACAUGGGUGAUGGUUAUGUACAGAGCGACCGGUCAGUCGCACAAACCCACCCCUCAAGUUUCCGUCGUGGACAAAAAUUCCGGCACGAAUAAGCUACAAGGCGACGCCGAUAGAGCGAAAAAGCAUGGAAUGGAGGAUUACAUUAGCGCGGAUCCUUGCAAAUUCGAUCACCACGGCCUUUUCAAAUUUCUCCAAAAUUUGAUCUUGGAUUAUCGACUAAACGAUCCGUAUUGUUCUCUAGGUUGGUUCUCCCCCGGUCAAUUGUUCGUCUUGGACGAGUAUUCCGCUAGGUACGGCGUACGAGGAUGCUUUCGACAUUUAUGUUACUUGCACGAUCUGCUCGACCGAAUCGACCGAGGGCUCAUGAUAGAUCCGACACUCGUACACUUUUGCUUCGCCUUUUGCGCUACUCACGUAUACGGGAACAGAGCCGACAGCGUGGGAUCCAUCACUUACGAGGAAAAGGAGAAAUUCCAAGAAAUUAAGGAGAGGCUAAGGCAGAUUCUAGAAAAUCAAAUCACCAAUUUCAGGUACAGUUUUCCGUUCGGUCGACCGGAGGGUGCGUUAAAGGCUACUUUGUCGCUUCUGGAACGAGUCAUGAUGAAGGAUGGCGUCACCCCGGUGGCUCCGGAAGAAGUGAAAAGUUUGAUCAAGAAUUGUCUGGAAACCGCGGCUCUGGUCAAUUACACGAAACUCUCCGCCGAAGCAAAAAUCGAGGACGACUUGAGCAGCGAUGUAUGCGUUCCUCCUAGUAAGAAACUCGAAGAUCUUAUACAUCUUUCUGAAAUGUGCGUGGAUUUACUUCAACAAAACGGAGAGCAUUACUCGGAGGUUGUACCACAGGCGUUCGCCUGGUUUAGCGAGCUUAUGGUGGAGCACGCCGAGAUCUUCUGGUCCUUGUUCGCCGAAGAUAUGAACAAGGUUCUCGUCGAACAGCCGCCGGACACGUGGGACAGCUUUCGGCUGUUUAAAAUCCUGAACGAUUACUUGAGGGAGGACGACAACUUGAAGAACGGUAGGUUUCAUCAACAUCUGCGCGACACUUUUGCUCCACUGGUCGUACGUUACGUGGAUUUGAUGGAGACGUCGAUCGCCCAAUCGAUUCAAAAGGGAUUCGAGAAGGAACGCUGGGAAAUAAAAGGGAACGGAUGUGCCACGUCGGAGGAGCUCUUUUGGAAAUUGGAUGCUCUGCAAUCUUUCAUUCGCGAUCUGCACUGGCCGGAUCAGGAAUUUCGCCAACAUUUGGAACAGAGACUAACUUUGAUGGCUUGCGAUAUGAUCGAAUCUUGUAUUCAACGAACGGACGCCGCUUUCCAACAAUGGUUGAAGAAAGGCGUAACCUUUACUUCCACGGAUUACAUUAUUCCAUCGGAAAUGUGCGCGAUGGUGAACGUUAUUUUGGACGCGAAGAAGCAAAACUUGUGUCUAUGUACCAUUGACGGCGUCGACGUGCACAACUAUCACGCGAAAAUCGACGAUCUGAUCGAGAAAACCUCAGCUGCUAUGACUCAAGGCAUGAUCAAUAAACUGAUUACGGUGUUGGAAACGACGUUGUCUAAACUAUCUCGUUACGACGAAGGAUCUUUUAUAGGUUCCAUUCUUAGCUUCACGAAGGUAUCGGGAAGCGGGAAAGAGAUGGGACAGGCCUACAUCAGUUUCACGAGAAACUGUAUGGAUCAAAUUCGUGGCAAAGUUAUGGACGAUUUAUGGAUUCUGACAUGUUUCGAGCAAUGGUACGCCGCGCAGAUUCAGAUGCUGUGCAGUUGGCUGAUGGAAAGACCCGAAUGCAGCUUACAUUUGUAUCAAUGUACCUGUCUCGCCCAUAUCGUGAAAAAGAUUUACUCCGACUUUGAGCUUCAAGGUGUUACGGAAGAAAAGCUCAAUUCGGAAUCAUAUCAGGUUAUAUCUAAGAGGAUGCAAACAGAAGAAGCGACUUGUGCCUUAACCAUGAGCGCUCAAAACGAAGAGGGUCUUUCGGAGAAUGGCAACGACGACGAGGAGCGCCCGAAGACAAAGGUAACGAUCGUCGAAAAUGUCGCCGGCGAAGAUGCGAAUUACGUUGCCAAUAUCAGCAAUGUUACAUCGAACGUCGUGGGAAAAGUUGGAAGCAUGUUCGGCAAAGGAAUCGGUGGUCUUUCUACCAAAUUCAGUGGAGGCAGUUGGUUCUAAUUACUGUAAUUAUUAUUACCAUAUUAUCGUUGUUACCGUCAUCGUCAACGUCAUCGUGAUCGGAAUCGUCAUGAUCAUCCUCACUGGUAUUGUCGUCAUCGUCGAAACGAUUAUCGAUAUUAUUAUUAUUAUUAUUAUUAUUAUUAUUAUUAUUAUUGUUAUUAUUGUUGUUGUUAUUAUUAUUAUUAUUAUUAUUAUUAUUAUUAUUAUUAUUAUUAUUAUUAUUAUUAUUAUUAUUAUUAUUAUUAUUACUACUACUACUACUACUACUACUACUACUACUACUACUACUACUACUAUUUCUAUUAUUACUAUAAUUAUUAUCUUUAUCUUAAUUCUCAUCGUCAUCGUCACUAUCAUGACCAUUAUUACAGGUAUUAUUGUUACCGCUGUUGUUUUUAUCGUUAUCCAUAUCCAUAUCUUUAUUAUCACUAUCGUUACGAGAGCACUUUCAUAAUAGUUCUGC